AUGGGCCGGAAAAAAAUACAGAUCAGUCGAAUUUUGGACCAGCGCAACCGUCAGGUGACCUUCACCAAGCGCAAGUUCGGGCUGAUGAAGAAGGCCUAUGAACUGAGCGUGCUGUGCGACUGCGAGAUCGCCCUCAUCAUCUUCAACAGCACUAACCGCCUCUUCCAGUACGCCAGCACCGACAUGGACAAGGUGCUGCUCAAGUACACGGAGUACAGCGAGCCGCACGAGAGCCGCACCAACUCCGACAUCCUGGAGACGCUGAAGCGGAAGGGCCUGGGGCUGGAGAGCCAGGAACUGGAGCUGGACGAAGGGCUGGACCCCAUGGAGAAGAUCCGGAAGCUGAACGAGGGGGUGGACCUGACGGUGGCGCGGCCCAGGCUCUACUCAUCAGCCCCUCCGCCCAGCCACGAAGCGGCCUACGCGGGCACACCGCCCUCUGGGAGCGACGGAGGGCUCAGCAGUGCCAACGGGUCCCCGCAGCACCAGAGCCGCCUGCCUGUGUUCAAGUCGGCGAUCCCCAAGCACGUCCAGCCUUCGGGGCGCUCCCCGGGGCCACUGCCACCAGGCCUUGGCUACCCUCUCUUCUCCCAUGGCAACCUGAACCGAGCCCUGGCUACCAAGACCCCUCCCCCGCUCUACCUAGGGGCAGACGGCCGCAGGGUGGAUGUCCACAGCAGUUUGUCCAGCGCCAGGAGCAAUCUGACAUCAGCGCGAUCGCUCUACCCUGGCCUGCAGACGGUGAGCCCAGGGCUGCCCGCCGGCAAUGGCAGCCUGCCAGCCCACGGGCUAGGGGGCUUCCCCUUCCUCUCCUCAAGCCAAGCAGAGUAUGGGCCCGGCGAGGCCUCCUCGCACCCUGGCUACCUCCAGCCCAACGCCAUCGCCUCCUGGCAGCACCACCGCGACAUGGCAGCCUCCGCGCACCUGCCGCUGGGGGCGGGCGGCAGAAUGCUCCCCACCGAAGAGGCAGCCCCGGCCCCCAGCAGCUCGCCCCAGCACCAGGCCGUCAGCAUCAAAUCUGAGCGGGUCUCCCCGGUGGUCAGCUGCAGCUCGGCCACCCCCCAGCACUCUCUGAGCGGCCUGUCCUCCCUCGGCGACGUCCCCAGAGGCCCCGGGGACCCGCCCCAGCGAGACGAGUAUGCCAAGGCCUAUCACUACCCGCUGGUCCUGUCCCGGCCGCUGGCGGAGGAGCAGCAGGGGGGUGUCCCCAUGCGGCGCCUGCAAGUGACGGACGUUUGGCAGAGAUAG